AUGAUUCCUGAAGCUCUUUCAGAUUUUUAUUUCCGCCUAAAUGAAUUCGAGAAGAAGCUCGAUAUUCAGGCUGGCGGUUUUCGGAAAGUUUCCUACAAUAAGUUGAACAACCAAGAUGUGGCCAUAAAAAUGAUGGAGGAUCCGAAGGAGAUUCUCCAAGAAGCAAUUAAGCAUAGACAUGUCAAAGAUUCCAAGUUUAUUGUUGAGAUACUCGGAGUCAUUUUUGAUGAGAAUGAUUCGCCGAAAGGUUUGGCACUCGAGUUGUGCUAUUUGGGAACGCUUUAUCAUGUGAUUAUGGGCUGGGAAGUGUAUACACUUUACAACAUCUCUCAUAUCGUCCUUUGGAUGGAGCAAUUGGCCUCGGUGUUGCUCUACUUGAAAGAAAAAGAGCUCGUUCAUCGGGAUCUCAAGCCUCUCAAUAUUCUGAUGUUCGACAAAUACCGUGAGAUUCGCGUCUGUGAUUUCGGCAUCUCAGCCUGGGAAGAAACUGUGGUAAGACUGGCGGGAACAGUCAGCUUCAUUGCGCCAAAUCCGUCGAUUCACUUCGCCGAUCAUCGAGAUGCCAUGUACAGUGUGGGGAUGAUUCUGUGGCAACUCAUCUUCAGAAAACAUCCAUAUCUUGACAGCAAUGCUAAAAAUCUGGCAAUUGAUAACGAUGAUGUGUUGGAAAGAGUGGGGAAUGGGGAAAGAUUGCCGCUUGAUGAGACACAUUCAUCCAUUCAGGAAGUGAUCUCGGGUUGUUGGGCUCAUGAGAAGGAUGAGCGUUUGAGUCCUCAAGAACUAUACGACAAGAUGGCUGAGUGGCGAGAGAAGAUUCAAACAUCGAUGAAAAACCUGAAAUCUCCGCGUCUCUUGAAAGAGCCCUACUCCUUUGUCCGACCUCAUGGAACGUUUUCAUGCACUCACAUAAAUCUCGGUGCUGAUUAUCAAAAAGUAAAAGAUCUCGGGUUCUGCGUUCCGAAAUUUGCAAAUCUCAUUCACAGUCCAAGAGACAAUCGUGAUUGGCGUCACAACAAAAAGCUGAUCGUUGUGUACAACAAAGCGACAAAAGAGGCACAAGUUAUGGCAAAAGAGAUGAAAAAAGCGGAAAGGGAAGCAAAGGAAAAGAUCAAUAAUGCAAAAAUCAAAAAGCCAUUUGGACAACCAUUAUGGGAUGUUGUCGAGCUCAUCGAUUACUUUGGCGUUUUAUUGGAUGAAGUUCUCGACUUU